CUUCACAAUUCUUGGCUCUUCUUUUUUGGUUUUUCAUAAUUUAAUCAAUUUUUGUAUCAAAUUGUUCUCGUUACUUUAUGUUUCUUUGACCUUGCGGAUUACUCAAGACUAUCUCCUCGAUUGUUAAAACCAAACCGUUUGGUUGAUGAAAGCUCGAAUAUAGGGGCUAGGGCUAGCCGGGCUGGGGCCUGGAAAGCCUUUUUGGCUGGGCCUUCCGGCUAACCGUCCAGCGGUUGCAAAGAAAAUUCAAAAUGGCGUUCUUUGAUGACAAAAUAUGGCGGGUAACAUGAAUUUUCGCUUUGCUGUCCUUAUUUACAAUUCUAGCAAUGUACACACUCGUGAAUCGAGACGAGGAUAGUUCAGUGUAUAAUUAUGUUAAAAACUUGCUAUUAGAAGGAUCAUCGGAGAAGACGAAAUGGAAAGAAGCUCGUCAAGAUUUCGAACGGUUCAACUUGAUGUUUGGAGAGAGGAAAAGAAAGGGCCUCGAUUAUACGAGGAUAGGUCACAUGCCAGGGCUUUGUCAAGCAGUAAAUUACUACAGAGGUUCUGAAAACCUACUUUGUAAAAAGGUACCUUUAGUGAAGUAUGUUAGAUCAAUAGCCAAGAGAGAGGCUGAAGUUUAUCAAUGGAUACCUGUUUCUUUUAUCAUUUUACCUGCGCAAAUAAGAUCAAAAUCUGACACAAGAGUGAAAUACAGUACAAAAUAUGAGGAUGAAAGAGAGAAGCUUGUAGCAUUUGCCAACAGCCUUCAAGAGAAAGUCUGGAUUGCAAAGUCUUCAUCUGGAGCUAAAGGGAAGGACAUCUUCAUUUCUGACAACAUAGAAGAAAUUGUGGAUUUUGUUGAUGAACAGACACAAGGGUUUGUUGUACAGAAGUACAUUGAAAACCCUUUGCUUCUGGAUAAAAACAGAAAAUUUGACAUAAGGUGCUGGGUCCUCCUGGAUCAUACAUACACCAUUUAUAUUUUCUCUGAGGGAGUCCUAAGAACCUCAUCUGAACCAUAUGAUGCUGAUAACUUAAAAAAUAUUACCAGUCAUCUGACAAAUCAUUGUAUACAGGAAGAACACUCUGCUAAUUUUGGACAAUAUGAAGAAGGAAAUGAAAUGUUCUACAGUGAAUUUUCUAGGUAUCUUGAAGAAACUUUUGGUGUUUCUCUUGCUGGGACAAUCUUACCUCAGAUAAAUUCCAUUGUUAAGAAAUGCCUGCUUGGGCUCAAAGAGGAACUGACCACAGAAGGUUUGGGAUAUCACAGUUUUCAGCUCUUUGGGUUUGACUUUAUGAUUGAUGCCCAGUUUCAUGUCUGGCUCUUGGAAGUUAAUGGGGCUCCCGCUUGUGCAAAGGCUUUAUUACCAGCCCUAGCUCAAGACCUUGUGAGAAAAGCCAUCGAUCCUCUCUUUCCAAAAGAUAGCAGCAAAGGGGAUACUUGUGACCGCGAUUCAUCAAAGAGCAAGACAGGGAAUAUCACACAGGGACAUUUUGUGAUCAUUUAAAAAAGAACUAACCUCGUAAAUGAAUGCUACUACUACCGCACAGAAUAUUCGACGAUCACUCUCGCUGUUAUAACUCACUAACCGAGUGAAACACGCCACAGAGAAAGAUACUCAUGAGUUUACCCAAAGAUGCUGGUCGUCUGGCUUAAGAGUGCAAAACACGGUUUUCGGUCCCACUUUGGUUUCCAAAACGAAACUAUGUUUACCACUAAGGGCUGCAAGCGACGAAAUAAAAGAAAUCUGUUCUUGUGAA